ACUCCUCACAUAAUGUUAUAAUACUACAAUCUUCGAAGUUUUCGCAAUUCACAUUCCUUUUUUCCAAGUCCCAAUACAUACACAUAUACAUAUAUACAUACACAUACACACCCAAACGUUAUGUAACUGCAAAAAAUAUAUCAAAACGAGAUUCCACAAUUAUAGUCUCUAGUCAAAGAGCUUCAUGGCAAUGGUGUGACCCCAAAAUUGAUGUAAGUGAGGAAUUGGGAGAAGAAGUGAAGAACACAAGAUGUGUCUUCUUCUUCUAAGUCACUAAAAACAUCAACAAAGAGAGAAAGCAAGCCAUUAUUAGAGAGAAGAGAUUUAUCCAAAAAGUUUUUUGCAAUUAUUCUUGGAGUUAGUAAUGCCAGUCCCUCUUGCACCAUAUCCAACACCUCCCGCACCGGCACUGGUCCCGUCGUACAGUCCUCCUCCGGCUAAUGGAAGUACAAGUGGGCAGAGCCAGUUAGUGUGUUCAGGUUGCAGAAACCUUCUGAUGUAUCCCGUCGGAGCAACCUCCGUCUGUUGCGCCGUCUGUAACGCCGUCACGGCUGUUCCUCCGCCUGGAACGGAAAUGGCACAGUUGGUAUGUGGAGGAUGUCAUACACUUUUAAUGUACAUUCGUGGAGCUACAAGUGUUCAAUGUUCUUGUUGUCACACUGUUAAUCUUGCCCUCGAAGCGAACCAGGUAGCGCAUGUGAAUUGCGGAAACUGCAAGAUGCUACUAAUGUAUCAAUAUGGAGCAAGAUCAGUGAAAUGUGCCGUUUGUAACUUUAUCACCACUGUUGGGGGUUCGACGAGCACGACUGAUUUGAAGUUUAACAAUUAAAACAAUUGGGUCUACCUAUCAAUAUAUUGAGUUAUGAGCAAUAUAGAGGAAGCAUCAAAUCUUUUUUUUUUUUUUCUCUCUCUCUCUCUCUUCGAUCAAGAAUCCGGCAUUGAGAUGUUAUGAGUUUGAAACCAUCUUCGGAAGUAAAUUAAAUAUGUAAUUCGUCGAAAUUUCUGACUUUGGUCUCUUUGUCCGUUUGUAUAGAGCUAUCUCUCUUCUUUGGUUUUUGUUUUGUAGUUAUUUUCUCUCAAGAAAAAUUUGAUUCACCAGUUUGUAAUUAAGAGUGAUUCAGAAAUCAAAGCUAGACUUUGUGGAUGAAGGAAAUAGAUUGUUUUAAAUGCUAA